UUCUCGUACAAUUGUAUUAACAUCAAGCUCAUUUUUGAUCUUGUGAAGAAAAUGGCGAGUUUCUCAUAGUAAUGGACGAUGAAGAUCGAGAAAAUGAAGGAGACCUUAUAAUAGCAGCAGAAUUUAUCGACCAGCAGAAAAUGGCCUUCUUGGUUCGUCACUCCUCUGGUUACAUCUGUGCUCCACUCUCCAAUGAAAGAGCUGACCUCUUAAACCUCCCACUAAUGCUACCACCUAACCAGCAAACUGAUAGACACAGAACUGCUUACACCAUAACUGUCGAUUUCAAAAUCGGCACAACCACAGGAAUCUCUUCAAGGGAUCGUGCUCUCACUUGCUCAAAGCUCGCUGAUCCAAAUUCAAAACCUGACGAUUUCUUAAAACCUGGUCAUAUCGUCCCCUUGAGAGCUCAUCCCAACCUAUUGAAGGAAAGACAUGGCCACACUGAAGCUGCCAUUCAAUUGUGUAGAUUAACUGAUUUACAAGAUGCUGCUGUGAUCUGUGAAUUGGUAAGAGACGAUGAUGGUCUUAUGAAACGAUUAGAUGACUGCAUUGAAUUCUCAAAAGAUUUCAACAUCAAGUUGAUCACCAUAAAGCAUUUGAUCGAUUAUAUUAAUUCAAAUAAUCUCUAGCGCCUCUUUCCUACUUGUUUUAUUUGUAUCUUAUCUUAUCCUAUUCUUUAUAUUGCAACUUAGUUAAAAUGUACCAUUAGAUAAUUUGAGACCCAACGGAAUUUUUCACUGUUUCUCAUUUUGAAAAAUUUAUUCAUCUUCUUUUGAUCUGAAAUAGAAUUUAGUUAAAUGUAUAAGUAUCUUCUCAUAAAUUUUAUAGCUCCACAAU